ACUUCUGAAAAGGGAAGCAUCAGGAAAACUGCUGUCAUCAAGACUACUUUCCCUGCUGAAGAACGGACAAUGGGAAAGAGAUGAUGUUGUUAAGUUGUUUAAAGCCCUCGUGAAAGAAUUUAAUGGCAAGAAUGAAGAUUUUCACACAUGGAUGAUGAGAAUCCUUCAUCAAGUGAAGAUUCACAAAAUCCAAGUGUCAGAUUUGACAUCGGAUGACAGUAACAUUGUGGAUCAGGUUGAGGCCAAAAUUAAUGACAUAGGCAGAAACACUGAUGAGAAAACACUGGAUGAGAUUAUGAAGGAAAUAUGUGAACAAGCAGUUAUUGAUGAAGAAAUGAUGGCAUUGGCUGAAGUGAAAGAUAUCGUGUCUUCUGUCUCCAAAUGUCUAUCAUAUUCCACAGCAUCACAUCUUCAAGAAAUAAAGCAAAGUUUGUUUAAACUCUGCAAAGCUGUAGAAAAUACCAUGAAAUAUAAACCUCGAGUGACUCAGAUGGUGAGCUGGUGCAUUCUGGUUCUUUCUAAAUCAAGUCGGCUGGUUCAGGUUGGAACAGGAGAAGGAAAGUCAUGUAUCGUGGCAAUGUUUGCAGCAUAUCAGGCCAUGAUGGGAAACACCCCUGAUAUCAUCUCCAGUUCUCCUGUACUUGCUGAAAGAGAUGCUAAAGAGUGGUCUGCAUUUUAUAAGGAACUGAAUAUCACUGUUGAUGCCAACAUCGACAAAUCAGAAACCGAGCUGAAGAAGUGCUAUGAAUGUCAGGUAGUUUAUGGUACGGCUGUCAGUUUUGCAGCUGAUUGGCUGAGACAGUGCUUCCACAGAAGAGAUGUGAGACCUAACAGAGAAUUUCAGUGUGUUAUAGUGGAUGAGGUUGACUCAUUAAUGCUAGACAAAGGUCUUGAAGUGGUUUAUUUGAGCACUGAGAUUCCGCUAAUGGAAUCUCUCAAUGCAAUAUUGGCAGAAAUUUGGUUAAUCGUCAACCAGCUGAAGCGUUUAGACACUGGAGAGAUUUUAGGCCCCUUUCAGCUCCUCUCUCAGCUUCUGUCUGAAAUCAUUACUGAAAAUAAAAACAUUGAUCAACACAGUAUUGUGCAGAUGGCCGUUGACACAGGAAUUAAGCCUAUGAAAUCCUCAAAGCCAAUGCAAGAAAACAUGAAAAAUGUUCUACAACAACUAGAUAAUGCAAGUGUUGACCAAAAAGUAUCAUUCCUAAACAUGCUUUUGAGAAAUUUACCUGAUUAUUUCUUCAAAUUAUACCAGGAAACGCCUGAUGGGACUUUAAGGAUACUGAAUGAAAUCAGUCCUGCAGAUACAAAUAAGAGACAAGAAAUAUCUGUUCUUCUACUGGGGAAUGGAAAAUGUCGUGUUGUGCACUUUGAGGAGGACUCAAUGGAUCCAUCAUUAAGGAAAAAGAUUCAAAAGUCAUAUCGGUCUGAAUCAGCAAAAGAACAAAAUGAAUCUCGUAUCCCAGGCCUAGAAGAUAUCAUCAGUGGCAAGAUGCAAACUUGGUUUGGAAAUGCUUUGCUAGCCACAAAAUUAACUCUAGGCCACGAGUAUGUCCUUCAUGGAGAUGGAGUUGCUCCUGUUGAUUACAAAUGCACUGGUGUCGUGCAGAAUGAAAUGCGAUGGGGGGAAGGACUUCAGCAGUUUCUGGAGAUGAAACACCAAACUAAACUGUCUAACAUGACUCUAAUCACAAACUUCAUGUCUAAUGUCGGUUUAUUCAAGAAAUACAAAAACAAGAUCUAUGGGCUCACAGGCACUUUGGGGGACCAAACAGAGCUUGACAUGGUGAAGAAACUCUACAAUGGCAUUGACACCUGUAAGAUUCCCUCAUUUAGACGAAGGAAACUUUAUGAGUUGGAGGGUUUGGUGAUACCAGAAGAAGAUGAGUGGAUCAGGACCAUAUGUAAUGCUGUUAAACAUCAAGUGACCUCCACAGUUUAUCGAGGUCCACGAGCAGCUCUCGUCAUCUGUGAAACCAUCAAUCAUGCAGAAAUAUUUCACAUUUCAAAAGACAAACUAAAACUUUAUGUGAAUAACAACAUGGAUAACUCUAAGAUAAUAUAUAAUAAAGUUCAAGCAGGGGACGUCAUCAUUGCAACUAAUCUAGCAGGUCGAGGUACAGACCUAAAGGUCAUUGAAAGUGUAAAUGAGGCUGGAGGUCUAUUUGUGGUGCAGACCUUCUUACCUCUGAACGUCCGUGUUGAACAGCAAGCGUUUGGACGAACGGCUCGUCAAGGGAGUCCAGGAUCUGCUCAAAUCAUCAUGUGUGCCAGUCAUCUC